UGGUGAUCUGGGACGGUUCAGUUGAUUCUUGGACAUUGUCGCGAUCGUUUGAACUUUAGUUGAGCUGUUUCGAGAAAGAAGGAUAAAAGACUAUCAUGAGAGAAGGGAGACUAGUUUGGUCGGUAGGGAUAAUAAGCUUGCUCCUAGUGCUCUGUUCGGUAGAGCCAGUUUUUGGGAAGCGAGCGUUCGCUAUUCGGAUGCGUAGCAAGAGUAAUGGCAAUAGUGGCGCAGGAUUGUCUAGAUAUUCGAGAAAGAAUUACCAUCAAGCUCACGUACCGGACCAUGUCAGCGGUGGGAUGGUUAGGAAUCCUCCGGUUCCGGAUGUACAGGCUGGUAGACCAGCUGGUUGGUCCGGAGAUGUUGGAGGCCCAAUUGGACCUCCACCGGCAUAUCCAGGAUUAAGCCACCAUGCAGUUCCUGCCGGAGGAGCUCCUCCGUCCUACGCUCGGGUAAAUCCGCCAAGCUACGCAGAAGCUAUGGGAUACCAUAGCCAUGGUCUUAACAAUCACGGAUCGGCAGGUAUCCCGGCCAGACAUUACGACUACAAUACUAACUACAACAACCUCCACAGCAUCUACAAUGACAACAAUAUUGGAAGUUACGGAUCCAGCUACGGGUACCAUCGAGGAUCGAAUCCGUUCAGCAUGGGUAACAUCCUCACCGGAGUGGCGCUUUGGCAUGUUGGUCACGGCUUGGCACAUUCCGGUCAUCAUCAUCAUCAUGAGCAUUACCCCAGCUACUAUCAGCAUGACAAAGUUGAAGACACCACAGGAUCAACAUUACCACCGGAAAUCGAAAACCCUCACAUCCAAGUUAAUGCCGAUUUUGAUUUCGGCCCAACUCCAGCCUCAACUGUGGAACCACCAGCCUAGUUCUCGAUUCCCUAGCCCUGGACAUCCCUAGCCGGGAGCUCAUCUCACCAAACGUAAUCGUGUGACUUCUGUUGUACUAUAAAUGUUCCCCGCCUUAUCGCUCCUAUCGCUUGCUCUGUGUAAAGUCGCACGAUCAUAUUUAUACCACUAGAGGUAAAACAAAAAACCAGGAGGACUCGGAUCGAAUCCACAGACUGAAGUAUUAAGUGAAGUGACUCAAAUGAACUCAAAGUUGAUCCUGCUGGUGAUGAUCGUUACGCCGACCGUCCUGCCUAUCUCAGCAUUACAGUCCAGUCCAAAGUUAAUCCUUCCUAUACCGAAUGCCGUUUAUCGAGAUCAAAAACUUCAAAGAUUCUUCAGAACAAGCGCACCACCGACGGCCCCAUUAUUUUCCUUAAAACAUGAUCGAAACAUCUGCCGAGGUCGUCACUUUACCGUUCCCCUAAUGGACAACAGUAACGUCUUCAAAGGUGACAACAGAAAAGCCUGUGCUUGCAAAAAUCCCAACAAAAAUCAACCGGCCGGUCGGCCCACUUCGAAUCAUCGUCCAGUGGCAGUGAUAAACGGAGGUGAAUAGCAUAAUCAGUAGUGUUGUAUUAUUAUUAUUGUACCAUUGUCGACGAGAUUGCUCCCAAUGGCGUGACAUAUUGGCCACCGGAAAUCAAGAGGAUCUCGAAAAUAGCUGCUACUAAGUGAACAGACCAGUGAAUACCAUGAACUACGAGUAUAUACAAUUGGGGAGGCACGUAAUCAGAAGAAUUUGUGCCACAUGUGUGGUGAAUUAAAUAACGUUCACUUGUGUUAAUAAAAAUUCCAAAAAGCA